CACACAAGAAUUAUUUACCAAACACUAAACAAUAAAUCUUUUGUAACUCCAAAGCUUGGAGUGAUCCAUGUAAAACUAUAAAUGGUAAACCGACUUUUCAUUGCUAGUCCAUGGAACAUGGCAUGAUGCAUAUAGUCACAAAAUCCCAAUACGUACACAUAAAACUAGAAGACAGGACUCUUAUUUAAUAGUACACCAAAAGAAACAUCUUGACUCUUGAGGAAUUAAAGAAUCCAACAUAAAAAGCAGCUUACCAAUUCACUCAAACAACUUUUAAAAAUAAUCCCAAGAUCCAAUCUUUUUUUAGUAGUAGUCAAGUACCAGAACUAUAAUUCAACUUACCAAUCUUGUUCCUUAUCAUAAAGAAAUUCAUCACACAAUUUUUUUUUUCUGAUUAAACUAAACCCUCAAUUUCAGUUCACCAAUCCCAUAAAUUCCAAGAACAAUUCACCAAUCUGAAAAAAACUCACAUAUUUCAUCAAAUUAUGAUUACCCACUUUCUAAAAAUCCUGAAAUGAACCCAAAAACCAUGAGCAAUUUUGAAAAACCCAUGUAUAAAAAAGCAGCUUUAACACUUGCAUUCUUCAUAAUUCUUACAUUUACCUAUCUUUUCUUGAUUGGAACCCUUAAUCUAAGAGGCUCUUAUUAUUUCUCCCCAUUUCUUCAAUCUUUACCCCCAAAACCCAACUGGGUCCCACCUUGUCAUAGCUUACCACCAUUAAAAGUGUACAUGUAUGACCUUCCUAGAAGAUUUAAUGUGGGUAUGCUCAGAAAAGGGAGUACUGACCAAACACCUGUUACAGCAAAGACACUUCCACCAUGGCCCAAAGUUUCUGGGUUGAGAAAACAGCAUAGUGUUGAGUAUUGGAUGAUGGCUUCUUUAUUUGUUGCUGAAAAAGAGGGGAUUAAAAAUAAUGAUUUGGUGAAAAUGGAAGCUGUGAGAGUAUUGGAUCCAGAAAUUGCUGAUGUGUUCUUUGUGCCCUUUUUUUCUUCUUUGAGUUUUAAUUUUUAUGGGCAUAAUAUGACUGAUCCAAAUACUAAACAUGAUAAGGGGCUUCAGGUUGAUAUAUUGAAGUUUUUGAGGAAAUCUAAGUAUUGGCAAAGGUCAGAAGGCCGGGAUCAUGUCAUCCCUAUGCAUCACCCUAAUGCCUUUAGGUUUCUGCGGGAGCAAGUAAAUAAAUCAAUUAUCGUUGUGGCAGAUUUUGGUCGUUACCCCAGAAGUAUGUCAAAUUUAAAGAAAGAUGUCGUUGCUCCAUACGUUCAUGUUGUGGAUUCUUAUACCAACGAUGAAACAUCCGAUCCCUUUGAGUCUCGCACCACCCUGCUGUAUUUCCGUGGCAGGACUGUGAGGAAAGAUGAUGGUGUUGUUCGUGCUAAAUUGCAAAAGCUUCUAGAAGAUUACGUUGAUGUCCGCUUUGAAAGGAGUGUUGCAACGGAAGCUAACAUAAAACUAUCUACAAAGGGUAUGCGAUUAUCAAAGUUCUGUCUACACCCAGCCGGAGACACCCCUUCCUCAUGCCGUCUAUUUGAUGCUAUAGUGAGCCAUUGUGUACCCGUCAUUAUAAGCGACCAGAUCGAGCUCCCCUUUGAAGACGAGAUUGAUUAUUCUGAAUUCUCCCUCUUCUUCUCAACCGACGAGGCUUUAAAACCGGGUUACUUGAUCGAGCAGCUUCGCCAAUUCCCAAAGGUGAAGUGGCUUACAAUGUGGAACAAGCUGAAGGACGUAUCCAAACUUUACGAGUUUCAAUACCCACCUAAGAACAGGGAUGCAGUGAACAUGAUAUGGAGACAGGUUAGGCAUAAGCUCCCUUCUACUAGACUCGCUGUUCAUAGAACCCGAAGGCUAAAAAUCCCUGAUUGGUGGGGGAGCAAACGAUGAGACAUACACAGGGACAUUUUGAGUUUUUCUCGUAAAAUGGGGGGGUGGGGAGAUUUCUAAGAAAUACCCUCGAGAUUCGAUGAACAUGUUGAUCUCUAAACGAGGUUUUCGCAACUCCGAUGAAGAUAUAUGUUUAUACUUUGUAAUUGUACUUAACUGUACUUGUUUUCUUUGUACAGUUCCAUAUUUACAGAUGAAAAAUAUUCCCUAAAAGGGGAAUCAUAAGUAUUAUUUACAAAUGGUUUGAUGCAGUGCAUCUGAUCUGAUCCAUUUGUUAUUUGUUUGUAUUCUUU